AUGUGUGACAGUUUGCGACAAUUAUGGCUGCUGACACGAAAGAAUCUGAUUCUUACUCGACGUAAUAAAGUAUGGACGUUGUUCGAAAUGAUUCUACCUAUUAUAUCCCUUCUUCCGGUCACAUUGCUCGUUGUGAGGGGUGGCACCGUGCAUUUGACACCAAGUAGGUCGUCAGAGUCUGUGCCUUUGGAAGGUGGAGCAGAGGACUUUAGUUUUGACCAGUUCGAAUCCAUACCGUCGCGUUGGUGCGGUCGUCGAUAUGUACUUAUAGCUUAUUCCACAAAUGAAAAUCGUGAUUCCGUGGAGGAUAUGAUGAAGGAACUGGCCGCUCGAUUCAGCAGCUCUUUCAUAAAAGUAAACGUGGUGUAUAUAAAAGACGAAGCGCAUUUGCUUGAUGAACUUCGUGCAGACCCUCCCGAUAGUGGUUGCGCCAUCGAUAAAUUCGCAGGCGGUCUGGUAUUCAACCAAUUUAACACAAAAGCUGGUAAGCUCGAUUACAAACUGCUCGUACCCGCUGGCACUGGUCAUAAUGAUCGUUAUUGGAAUGAGGAGUGGGGUUAUCCAUUUGAUCUCGAUGAUGAUUCUACCAACAAGUGGUUCAGGUAA